AUGGACCGCAAGUGGACGUCCGUGUUCACUAUCAUCUUCUACGCCUGGAUGGAUAUCACUGUCAACAUUGUCCAAACCCCGGCCAUGCUCCUUGUUGCCAACUUUGCCGGUGAUCGCCAGACUACCGGUGCUGCUCUCGGCCAGGCGUGGUCGACACUCGGAUCCAUUGUCAUCGCCGUGUACAUCGACAUCUUUGGUGCUGCCUACAAAACGAUGCACUGGUUCAUGGGCACGCUGUCUGUCAUCAUGAUCGUCUGUGUGAUCGUUGCCUGCAUCUUCGCGCACGAGACCCCACUCGACCCCAGCAAGGUGGACAAGUCGUCGGCUUGGGUCCAGACCCUUCCCGCUGUUCUGGUGGUGUACGGGAUCGGCUUUUUCUUCGUGCAAUACGGUUACACGGCAUACAACGGCAACAAGGGGCAGUUCUUCGGUUUCGAAGUGUACGGUGGUUCGGCUGCCAACGCCGACAGCUGCGAUCCCUGCUCGGAUGCCCAAAAUGCCCUACAACGAUGGUGUUACAACAUCGUCGGCUACGUCUACUCUUGGUGCAUCCCGUUCCUGGCGAGCAAGUUCGGCCUCAAGUGGGUGCUCACCCUCUCGACCAUCCCGCAGAUGUUCCUGCUUAUCAUGGCUUGGGUUAGCAAUAAAGGCUUCGAUGUGUUCGUUGUUGCCAUCACGGGCAUGACCUCUUCAAUCUGGUUCUCCUGCAUCGUACCUGUUAUCAUCCAUGUAAUGGGCGACGAUGUGGAGAUUGGAAUGUACGUCGGAGCUUUAAACUCGGCCAACUGCUAUGGCCAGCUCCUUAACUACGCUAUUGGUGCUGCUAUCGUCAACACCUCGCUCGGCUACAAGCUUCCAGUAUUCUUGGGUGGUGUCAUAUCAAGAUGUACAGCUUGA